AUGUCUCCUCAGUGGACCGCCGACGAAGAUAACUUGCUAAGACUUUUAGCUGCACAGUGCGACGAGGAUUGGUUUCUCGUCGCAAGAAGGCUAUAUGAUGCCACCAAUACAAGAAGAACGGCGAAACAAUGUCGAGAUCGAGAAUCUAAGCCGGUUUGA